GCAACGGAGUGGUGCCUCACCAGUACGAGUACCACCGACCACCAACGACCAUCACAGAGAAAACAGGAAAGGAAAAAGAAAAAGGCAGAAACAAAGAUGGAACCAACCCCAGACUCUCUAACCCUCACAAUCCUCGGCUGCGGGACGAUGGGCGUGGCCAUACUCUCCGGCAUCCUCUCCAGCCUCUCCACCAGCCUCUCCACCAGCCUCUCUCGCCUCCCCCCCAGCGCUUCCGGGACCAGCACGCCCACCGGCGGCGCCCUCUUGCCAACGCGCUUCCACGACGCCAGCAGGACUCCCACGCGUCUCCCGUCAAAGUUCAUUGCGUGCGUCAAGCGGCCCGAGUCCGCUUCCCGCGUGCGCCGCGCCUUCGAGGGCUUUGCCGGCGCGCCCGCCGUUGAGGUCUACACGGGCCGCAACGUGGAGGGCGUGCGGGGCGCGGACGUGGUCAUUCUGGGCUGCAAGCCGCAGAUGUAUGCCGAGAUACUGCGCGAGGAGGGCAUGCGUGAGGCGCUGGAGGGGAAACUGCUCGUUAGUAUUCUCGCUGGUGUCAAGAUUGCCGCACUCAGGGUGGUGGUGCCCUAUAGUACUAGGGUGGUUAGGGCUAUGCCUAAUACUGCUUCUAUGAUUCGCGAAAGCAUGACCGUCAUCUCGGCGGAGGAUGAUAUUUCUCCGGAGGAGAAGGCACUAGUCUCCUGGAUAUUCUCGCAGGUUGGCCGCUCGUUGGUGCUCGGUGAGAAGCAUAUGAACGCUUGCACCGCCCUGUGCGGAUCCGGUCCCGCUUUCUACGCUCUUAUCGUUGAGGCCAUGGCCGAUGGUGGUGUCAUGAUGGGACUACCGAGGGCGGAGGCGCAGAUGAUGGCUGCACAGACUAUGCAGGGCGCCGGUAGAAUGGUUUUGGCUGGCCAUCAUCCAGCAAUCAUUAGGGAGCAGGUGUCCACCCCAGCUGGCUGCACCACUCACGGUUUACUCAUAUUGGAGGAUGGAAAGGUCCGCUCGACCAUUGCAAGGACUAUUCGGGAGGCUACCAAUAUGGCUGCAGGACUUGGUAAGAAGUAGGAGCUGUUGCUGGAAAACGGGUAGAUAAAAUAGCACAGACAGAUACUAAAUAACAACACUAGACUUCCAUCCUUAGGGGCAGAUGGCACAGUACCCAACAAAAUAGAUAAUUUCACAAGGGAA